AUGGAUUCUGCACCCUCAUUCCGAUUUCCAGCCGCCCGAACCCCUUCCACUGUAACUUCUACAAGUAAUGGAUCACCGCCAUCGUCUCCAACCUUUCUAGUUACUCCGGGCUCGACUAAUGAAGCCGCACCGAAGUCUCCUACGCUAUCUACCAUCUCAACUAUCGUGGGCCGUAAAUCAUUUGGCGCGGAUGGGGUAGCACGGAUGAUACGCCGCAAGAAAUCUUCGACCUCUAACCGUUACAACGUUCCUCGGCAGGUCCUACGAGCUGCGCUUCCCGUAAACCACUCAGUCGGUUGGACAAUGAGCACAUCUCCCACUAAUAAGACUGGAAUUAGUGCCAGUCAAAGUUUCGCCGCUCUUGUCAAGACUCCAAAUGACGCUCCUCGCCGCCGUGGUAUCCCGCGCUCAGUGACGGGGCCGCUAACCCGAUUCUUCCAUCUUGAUGGUAAAGAAGACGAUGAUGGAAACGGUUGGGAUUUUAGGUGCUGUGGCGAGGCUCCUCAGAGACCUGAACGCCGAGCGCCUGAGUGGCUCGGGACUAUGGAUUUCGAGGAAGCGGUGGAAAAUAGCGCUGCUACCAAGACCGGCAAGAUGAUGAGUGGAACCAUCUCAGCGUCUCCUGAUGCUUUGGGCGCCUUGGGUAGCCCCUGGUGUCCAGAUGCGAAUUGGGGCCAAGCGUGGGACUUGGCCGCGGCGAGAUUUCAAUCGGGAGGCUCACCACCACCUUCCGCUACGUCGGGCGGGUCCCCAGCUUCGGCUGAAGCUUCACUGGCUUCACCGAGCUCAGUGCAAAUCGUCCGACACCACUACUUGGGCUCACCUGACUCUUCCUUGGCCUCACCUGAGGUGAUUUCAUCAAUGUACUGCACUCCUCCUUCAAGGACUUUGACAAACGGUUUCGGGGUCUCAAAGGCCGGCCCAGCUCGCCGGACCAAAAUAUCAAUCGACUCUAUCUCCGGUCCAAUGAUGAAAGAUUUCCGGACCAGUGCGAGCCAAGUAUCUGAAAUCCGAAGUUGA